AGGUGGAGAUUUUAAUGUUUCUCAGUGCCAUCGUCAUGAUGAAGAACCGCAGAGCCAUAACGCUGGAGCAGCACAUAGGGAAUAUAUUUCUGUUCAGUAAGGUGGCAAACGUGGUGCUGUUUUUCCGAGUGGACCUGCGGCUGGGCCUGCUGUACCUCACGCUGUGUGUGGUGUUUCUGAUCACAUGCAAGCCGCCGAUCUACAUGGGCCCCGAGUGCAUCAAAUACUUCAGUGACUCAACUAUAGACGAAGAGCUGCAGAGGGACGGCCGAGUGACGUGGAUCGUCGAGUUUUACGCCAACUGGUCUCCAGAGUGCCAGUCGUUUGCACCCGUUUUUGCUGAGCUGUCACUCAAGUAUAACUGUGCAGGACUGAAAUUUGGCAAAGUGGACAUUGGUCGUUACAGUGAAGUGUCCAAAAAGUACAGGGUCAGCACCUCUCCUCUCUCCAAGCAGCUGCCCUCUCUGGUGCUCUUCCAGGGGGGAAAGGAAAUCAUGAGGCGCCCUCAAGUGGACAAAAAGGGACGGGCAGUGUCUUGGACCUUCACAGAGGAAAACAUCAUCCGGGAGUUUAACCUCAACGAGCUGUAUCAGAAGUCAAAGAAGCUUGGUAAGACCAAAGGAGAGAAGUUCGAGAGGCCCAACGAGUCUGUGUUUUCCCCCGUGCCUGAGGAGGAGGAGCCGGAGGCCGAGACCAUCACCGCGAUGGACACAGAGAGCAAGAAGGACAAAUAGGAAGCGCAUGCUGCUGAAGAGCACUGUGAAUCACUAUGGGACUGGAGCAGGAUGUGCUGAUGUUCAGUAUGCAGAGAGAAAGAGUUUGUACCGAGAUAUAAACGGAAUGAUUGUGCUCUUGUUUCUUUUUGUAUAACAUAUUAAUUAAGUGCAAAAUGAGUCCAAUAAUAUAGUAAAUCCUUAUGUUAAUACCUAUUUAAAUGUCAUAAUCAUUGAUAAACUGGACACAGAUGUUCAAA